UACUAUAUUAGAAACGAAGAAAGAAAAUCACAAACUUUUUCCAAAGAGAUCAGAAAGAGGAGAAGGAGAAGAUAGUCUGGAAAAGUAAUCUCUCUUUCUUGGAUCUCUCACCACAUAUUACAUUGAAAAACAAAAAAAAAACAUUUAUUCAUCUCUUACCCUCCAUUCUUCCAUUACACAGUGCUGUUUAGCACAUCUUUUACCAUAUUUGUUAUUUCCCUGUUGCUGGCUAUAGCAUGGAUCGCAUCCGAGCAUAUUCAUCUCCGCAUUUUCUUUCUUCUUCAACAAGUAAUUUCAACGGACAGCCAGAAGAAGAAUGCGGUUUGGAAGGACUUGCCACGAAUGUGAAGCUAUUACUGAAGCUAAUUCAAGAUCAUAAUGGGUCUAGCCCAAAAGAAAAUGAUGAGCGCAAGUAUCAUAGGGUGAAUGGAAUGAUGUUAAUCCUAGAUGAGGCUAGAUCGAGGGUUCAAAAGAUUCAAUCUUCUACCAUGAGAAAAGCUGAACUUAGGCGGUGUAACACUGAUCUUAGGCCAAACCUUCCAACUCCCAAGGACAAAAGGCCUCCUGAUGCGCCUAUGGAUGAGAAAGAGAGGCUAAAGAGAGAGCUUAAUGCAAGCUUGGUGGCACGGCAGAGCCUUCAAGCAUUGUGUUCAAGUUUGGGAAAAGAGAAGCAAAUUAUGGCUGCUGAGCUUGCAAGAAAGGCUCAGGAGUUGACAGAAAUGGAGGAUUUCAUUGGUGAUCUAAAGGCACAGAAUGACAUGUUGAUGGAGAAGUUGCAUGAGUGCAGCUCCGAACAGAAGGAGAAGAAGAGUAAUACUAAUGGAGUGGAGAUGGAAUGUAACAUAGUUCUACGAGAGCGUAACAAGGCGCUUUCGGAGCAACUCCAGAAGUCACUUGAUGGUUAUCGGUCUAUGAAGAGAAAACUCAGAGACGUUCUAGAGGAAAACAGGCAAAUUCGUGACACCAUGGAGCAAAUGGAGGAGGAACUUCAAGCUGGCAUUCACAGGAUAAGUAGCUUCAAGGAAGGAAAAAGGUCAAGUAAACUAGGAAACGACAUCAAAGAGGGAAUCUCAGCUUUGGAGCAUAUGCUUCAUUCUCUUAUGAUGAAAAUCUCUAAACAUACACAGAAGAGAACUUGAUGUGAUAUGCCCAACGCUCAGCAAUCUGUGAUUGGUAGAGGCAAAGAAGAGAAUGGGCAUUGUAUCAACACAUCAUCCAUUUACAGCAUGCUCUUCUUCAUUUCAUGCCAACCUCGUCUAUUCUCAUAUCUAGAAAGCAUGCUCUUAGACCAUUAGCAGAAAGGGAGCCAUUAACCAAAUCAGUUGACUGUAAAAUAUGUGUAAUACGAGAGUGAGUAGAAAGGGUCGAAGAAGAUAAUGGUGACAUUGCACAUGUUUUUGAACUUUGGUUCAGAUGUACACUGACCAAAGAGUUGUAUAAACUAGAUUCCUUAUAAGCUUGUCCUAAAUUCAAUUUUCCUUCAGUUCAAUACAUUAUUCACAUCAGAAAACAACA